AUGAGUAGCUUGGAUUUAAAUCCGAAAUAUGAAAAAGGCGAAAAAUUACUUUGUUUCCAUGGGCCUCUUAUGUAUGAGGCGAAAUGCUUAGACGUUAAAGUGAAAGAGGAUGGUGUAAUAUAUUAUGUACAUUACCAAGGCUGGAAUAAGAGCUGGGAUGAAUGGGUGACUGAAAAACGAAUGUUCAAGUAUAAUGAAGAGGGCUUGACAAAAAAACAAGAAUUAGAGCGACAGAUGAAAUCCGGGAAGGUUAAAGUUUUAAGAAAGUCUGAAUUAAAGUCACAGUCAUUGCCACCUCCAGAAGUCUUGGAGGACGUUGAACGGACACUGAAGCCUGGUCAAGUGAAAGAAGAGGAAGGCGCUCUUAAGGCCAAGAAUAUAAAGACCAACGGAGAAUCCAGCCGGAAAAUUGAUGCUCGUGUCCGUGUUGAUGUGAAAAAGACUGAAGAUACUAAACCACCCAUUAAGUGUUGUGAAGAUUCGAACGCAUCGUCUACUCCACCUGUCACAGUAACAAGUAGGAGAAGAAAAAGCCGGGUGUCAUCAGUGCUAAAGUCUCUUGAAAAUGAAGAUGGCCUUCUCUCUCAGCCGCGUUUGUCGAUUUCACUGCCUCCAUGCUUGAAAUCUUGGCUUACAGAUGACUGGGAUUUGAUUACUCAACAAGCUCGGCUUUAUGAACUGCCUGCUUCUCAGCCAAUAUGUAAUAUUUUAUCAGAUUUCUUAGAAAGUUCUGAGGCGGAAAUGAUUAAAUCGGAAUCAACUCGUGAAAUAAACAACUAUACUUCUUCUGAAUCUGAGAACACUCAACUGAGCACUAACGUACUAAUAGACCCUGGUGUACGGCGUGAAUUUGUUGCUGGAAUUCAGUAUCUUUUCAAUCAUACUAUUGGUUCUCAUCUUUUAUACAAAUUCGAGAGAUUACAAUACGCUAAGCUAUUGAAACAGCAUACAGGCAAGAGAAUGUCAGACAUUUAUGGGUCAAUUCACUUGUUGAGGUUGUUUGUUAAACUCCGAGACAUGGUUUCAUUCGUCCGAGUCGAUGAUGAUAGUUUGCCUAUGCUAGAAGCUUUAGUUGCUGAGUUUUUGCAGAUACAAAUUGAUUCCACUGCAAAGAAAGUUUCAACUGGGGUUCAAGCUGUUCAGAAAUGCUCAAACGCAAGUACAAAUACAGAGAAAAUGGAAUAUAAAGAAAGAAUACCAUUGCCAAGGCUUCAGCUGACAAGUAGUAGACCGAAAUCUUCAGAACAAGUGAAAACGUCUCAUUUCUCACCUGGGGAUCAGGACGAAGAAAAAUUCACCGACUGUGAUAUUAACAGCCCUGAGAACUCAGCUGAUUCAGUUGAGGCUAGAGUGAAAGCGCUUAAACAAGCUAAUCAGUAUCUAAGAUUGGAAGUAGAGAAUGCCUGUAAAAUGUUAAAUUCAAGUGUACUAAAUAAAAAUAAAGUUGAAGAUGAGUAUUUGUCUAUGCCAAAAAUAAAGUAUUCCAAUACACUUCAAUUUGAUACUGGAAAUAAUAAUAAUAAUAAACACAAAGUAGAAUUCUUCGAUGAAACUGAUGAAUACCCUGAGUAUGGUGAUGAAAGUAUAGUUGAACAAGAAUCAAAAACGGUUUGGCUUGAAAGAAUUGAAUCGAUAUCACAAAAAUUUCAUGAUAACAACAACUACUGGUCGAGUAAACUAGAAAAUAUUGACAGAAUGAAAAAUUCUGGUCGAGAUAUUGUACAAAAUACAGAGCGUCAAACAAAUUCAUCUAGAACAGUCAGUGGAAACACCGACAGAAAAAUUAAGCCAACACGCCUUCAUGAUUCUAGCAGUGGAGUCGGUAACAGCAGUGGGCGUGUCAAAUUAACCAAGCUGGAACCCAUGGAUUAUCAUGGAAAGUUCGGUGAUAAAUUUGCCAAGCCAUCAAGUGCUUCUAAGCUGACUUCAAUUCCAGUUAAACAGAUGUCAACCUAUCGUGCUUCAAGAAUAAAAUAG